AUAUCCUGGUGUAAUACGCAUAUAUGCUUGUCUCUACAGUUGUCAUCGUAAGAAAAAUAUUGUGACAUGGAGAAUAUAUUUCAUGAAAAGCAAGAAGGAUUUUUGUGCGCGCAACAUUGUUUGAAUGCUCUUUUACAAGGUUCCUAUUUUACCGCGGUAGAUCUUGCUAAUUUUGGUCAUCAAAUGGACGAGGCAGAACGUCUUAGAAUGGCCGAGUCAGGUAUCGAUAGUGAGGAUUACAAACUUUUCCUAGAGCAACCGUCCGAAAAUAUGGACGAUAGUGGAUAUUUUUCGGUUCAAGUCAUUAGCAGUGCUUUAAAAGGAGUUUGGGGUUUGGAGUUGAUUCCUUACAACAGCACUGAACCUGUCGCAUUAUCAGCACAAAAUGAUCCUUCGCAGAUGAAAGCUUAUAUCUGUAAUUACAAAGGGCAUUGGUUAACGAUACGAAAGAUUGGAACACAAUGGUUCAAUUUGAAUUCGAUGCUCAACGGUCCAGAACUUAUAUCAGACACAUAUCUAGCAAUGUAUUUGGCACAAUUGUUACAAGGAGGUUAUUCAAUUUUCAUUGUCAUCGGUAACCUUCCACAAUGUCCUGCGGAUGAAAUAUUAAUGAAGAAUCCAAUAAAAAUGCCAUGUUCAAUUCCAAGAACGAAGGAAAGUGUUAAAGAAGAAAAACCUAUGACCACAGGAUAUCGCUUGGGUACCAAAGAAGAAGAUGAUGUUAUGAAGGCAGUUCGUGCAUUAGAAGGAAUAAAAGUUCCCUCUUCUUACAAUACUCCAAAAUUUGUGAAUUCAUCCUCGGACUAUAAAAAAGAUAAUUUACCUAAACAAGAGAUAUCUAAUGAAAAACCACGUGAACGAAUAAUUCCUAUAAGGAUAGAAGGUAAAGAAGAUUUAGAUGAAGAAAAUGAUGAGGAAUUGCAAAAAGCAUUACGCUUAAGUUUGCAAGAUAAUGAAGAUGAUACAGAUAAAAAUGUAAAUUUAAGAUUUGAGUCUCAUGCUGAUAAUAAGAUAUCACCGUCAACAGAACUUGAUGAUAUAGAUCAAGAUGACGAAUUAAGAAAAGCUGUACAAUUAAGUCUUGAAUGUGUAACAGCUCCACCAACACCUGAUUUAGAAGAUUUGCGUUGGCGCCGAUUAAGUCAUUUUGGUGUAUAUUCUAAAACAUCAAAUAACGAAACUUCUCCAAAAUUAAAUUCUUAACAA